CAAGAUCUUUUUUCUUGCCGAUAUAAAAAAAGGGAGGAUUCGCUAUUGCCGCUUCAUUUCAAAUGCAACUACAGCGAUCUUCCUGGACACACUUCCUUUAUCCUUCUCCAAAAAAAUGAGUCUGGAUUCUUCUCGCUCUGCGAAUUCAGGCCCCCAGAAUUCGAAAAGAAGCUUCAAUUCAAAUUCUUCAAACAAUAAGGAUAACAGCAGUAAUAGCAAGAAGAGAAAAAGUAACCAGAAAACCCUAGGCAUGGCUUGGGGCGCCAAUUCUCUCUCUACCUCUCGCUCCUCUUUCCGCUCUUCUCCUUUCUCUGAUUUUGGAAGUUAUAUGGUAGAAAAGAAUAGAAAGCUUCAAAAUCAGUUUGAUGCCGAGGCUUCAAAUUCUUCUCUUAGCGAUACUUCUACGAAGCCUAUAUUUCGCGGGGUUUCUAUCUUCGUUGAUGGUUUCACGGUUCCGUCUAGUCAGGAACUGCGGCGAUACAUGUUGAAUUAUGGUGGACGAUUCGAGAAUUAUUUUUCUAGGCAUCGAGUCACGCAUAUUAUCUGCAGCAAUCUCCCUGAUAGUAAAAUCAAGAAUAUCAGGUCCUUCAGCGGUGGACUGCCAGUAGUGAAACCUACGUGGGUUCUAGAUUCUGUUGCUGUUAACAGACUUUUGAGUUGGGUUCCCUACCAGCUUGACCAGCUUGCUAGCAAUCAACCAACAUUGUCAACCUUCUUCACUUCAAAAAUCAGCCCUGCAUCUGAGGGCGUUUUUGCAGAUGCAAUUUGUGAAGUAAAACAUGGAACUGAGGAUUUAUGUUUAAAGGAUGCAUCAAAGGACGCAAAAUUCUCUGAAGCAGGUGAGCCCUCUGAAUGGAGGAAGAAAAUUACUGAAGAACAUGAUGAACUUAUGCAUGGAAAUACUAAUUCAAAAGUAAUUGAGGAGCCAAGUAGUAGCUAUAGUGAAGCAUCUCAGGAAGUAAAAGUGGUAGAACGAAGUAAUCUGGAACAAGAUGAUGAAAGCAGGGAAAACAAUAGACCUCAGUACUGUCCUGAACAACCCUCUGCUUCUGUUAGUAGCCACUGCUUUGACAAUCACAGUGUAAAAGGAUCGCCCCAUUCAACAGCCCUUGGACCUUUGAAGCAGUGUCAUUCAACUCUUGGAGAUCCCAAUUUUGUGGAGAACUACUUCAAGAAUUCAAGGCUGCAUUUCAUAGGAACCUGGAGAAAUAGAUAUCGUAAGCGUUUUCCCAGCUUGCCAAAUGGGUUCAAGUGCAUGAAUUCUCAUUCGGAUGUUUCGGCUGAUACUCAGAAGACUGCCAUUAUACAUAUUGAUAUGGACUGUUUUUUCGUCUCAGUGGUCAUCAGGAGCCAUCCUGAAUUACAUGACAAGCCUGUAGCUGUAUGCCAUUCGGACAAUCCAAAAGGAACUGCUGAAAUCUCUUCUGCCAAUUAUCCUGCUCGAGAUUAUGGAAUUAGGGCAGGAAUGUUUGUUAGAGAUGCCAAGGCACUUUGCACCCACCUUGUUAUUCUCCCAUACAACUUUGAAGCAUAUGAGGAGGUUGCUGAUCAGUUUUAUAACAUCUUGCAUAAGUACUGCAACAGAGUUCAGGCUGUCAGCUGUGAUGAAGCAUUUUUAGAUGUCACAGACUUAGAAGGGGAAGAUCCUAAGCUUUUAGCUUCAGCAAUACGGAAAGAGAUAUUUGAAGCUACUGGAUGCACUGCAAGUGCUGGGAUAGCUGUGAAUAUGCUUAUGGCCCGUCUAGCCACCAGAACUGCUAAACCAAAUGGUCAAUGCUACAUUUCUCCUGAGAGGGUUGAUGAGUAUUUAGACCAACUUCCAUUAAAAGCACUUCCAGGAAUAGGGCAUGUGCUAGAGGAAAAGUUGAAAAAUAGAAAUGUUAGAACUUGUGGACAGUUGCGUAUGAUUUCUAAGGGCUCCCUUCAAAAGGAUUUUGGGUUUAAAACUGGUGAGAUGCUCUGGAAUUACAGUAGAGGAGUGGAUAAUCGACUUGUUGGAACAAUUCAGGAGAGCAAGUCUGUGGGGGCUGAAGUGAACUGGGGUGUAAGAUUCAGGGAUUUGCAAGAUACCCAGCACUUUCUCUUGGACCUUUGCAAAGAGGUUUCAUUGCGCUUGCAGGGGUGUGGGGUGCAAGGGCGAACUUUCACACUUAAGAUAAAAAAGAGAAGGAAAGAUGCUGGGGAGCCUGCAAAGUAUAUGGGCUGUGGAGACUGUGAAAACCUGAGCCAUAGCACAACGGUUCCACUUGCCACUGAUGAUGUCGAAGUGCUUCAGAGAAUUACAAAGCAGCUCUUUGGAUUUUUCCACGUAGAUGUCAAGGAUAUCCGGGGUGUUGGUUUGCAAGUUUCGAGGCUUGAAAGCGUAGAUACUUCUAAGCAAGUGCUUGAGAGGAAUUCGUUGAAAUCAUGGCUUAUGUCUGCCUCAGCAAGCUCAGAAGAACGAUGUGAUGUCAGUAGUAUAGCCAAAGACAGGGUUGGUACAGAUACUGAAGGAAAGAGCAUGGGUGGAAAUUCAGGUGUGUUAUGCACUGAUCCAGUGGGGAAUUCUGUUCUUAGGACAAAUAAUACAUCCAAUGGUGAUGGUUGUUCAAACCAGAUCUUAAGCAUCCCACAGUUAUGCCACCUCGAUAUGGGAGUAGUGGAGAGUCUUCCAUCAGAGCUCCAGUCAGAAUUAAAUGAAAUGUAUGGUGGGAAGCUAGUUGAUUUGAUUGCUAAAAGUAAAGGACAAGGUGAGAACAGCACCGGUUCUUUAUGCUUCCAUCCUCCUGAACUAUCCAAAGUUGCAAUAGAGGAAGCAGAAAGAUCUCACAAUUCUGAUCCUAUCUCAUUGAGCAGAACAGCUGUGGAAAUGAUGGGCAAACAGCAUAUAUUGGAGGAACUGCAGACAGUGCCUGACUCUGGGACUGGAUCCAACAGUAAUGCUAUUUCCAUUCAAGCACUUGAUAAUAAUGAUUUAAUGCCUUCAUCUCUAAGCCAAGUAGACACAUCAGUGUUACAGCAGUUGCCUGAGGAAUUGAGAGCUGACUUAUUUGAGUCGCUUCCUGCACACAGGAGGCAAGAAAUCUCUACCCUGGGCCCUAAUAGGGAUAAUUUGCAUCAUCCAUUAUGCAUCAAUCAACCUGAAUCAACUGAUUCUGGGCUGACCAACAAUCUCUGGAUUGGAAAUCCUCCACUGUGGGUUGAUAAGUUUAAAGUCAGCAAUUUGUUGAUGUUGAGAUUUUUUGCUGACAUGUACUACAAAUCAAAGUCAGCUGAGAAUUUAUCUUCAAUUCUGCAAUGCACUAUUGCUGAAUCUUUACAUCCUUUAGAUGCAAAAUGUGACGCUUGGAAUGAAGCUGUUCACAGCUUCAAUGAGCUUCUCAUGGAGUAUAUUAAACUGAAGAUAGUAGUAGAUAUUGAGGAGAUCUAUGUUUGUUUUCGUCUUCUAAGAAGGCUAAGUACCAAGUCAGAAUUUUUCUUGGAAGUGUACAAUUUGGUCUUCCCCCACCUUCAGGCAUCUGUUGAUGAAAACUAUGGUGGAAACUUGCAUAUACCUUAAAACAAGUAGUGCCACCAUAACGCAACUCUGUAGAUGUCCAAAUUGAUCCUCCAUUUAGCUGUUGCACAUUGAGCAAAUCAAGAAAGAAAUUAAUCACUACAUUGCUAUAGUGGCUUUGGAUUACGUCAUUUAUAGGUGUGAGCUAAUUGAAUAUCACUCCGGUGGCUUUUCCAUUCAUUCAGCCAUUCUUGCAUAUCUGCAGUUGAAACUGGGCAUCAUCAUUUGAACUCGGUGAUCUAAUUGACUCCAGAAUCCUCAAGUCACCUUCAUUGGAUACAAAAAGUGCCACACAAGUGCUUGCAGUUUUAUUGGUGCUCAAAUGCCAUCCACUGAAGCCUUUGAAAGCAAGCUUUCCAGGAAUGCCCAUUGUGUUUAGCUUUGUGAGUUCGUGCCCUGUUUUUAAGCUUCAUUUGCUUGUUGAUUAUGGUAAAUCUCUGGAGAGGAUUCAUCAUGAUUGCUUUAAUCUGCAUCACGGAUAUCUGUACAAGAUAAAUGGUUAAUAGAACAUGGAUGGAUGUUCACUUGAUGUGGAAGAUCAAAUUUUAGUUACCUCGAGUAAUCUGGUCAAAUAUGUGUAAUAUUGGUGGGCGCCGGAGUUCAAAAUUGCGUUGUUAACAGGAUUAGAAAAUGUACCCCGGCCACCUUUUUCUGGCAGGUGCAAGCUUUGUUUCUAGGACUUGGUUAACUUAACAGGAUUAGAAAAGCAUUUUACGUAUUUUGAAAUUAAAUUAAUUUGCACGCUGCAUUUUUUUUUCUUUUUUUGUGGUUUAAACAUAGAAGCCACUUGAAUGAUUGUUUUCUAU